UUAUAAAUAUUGUUGUCUAAUACAAGAUUUUAAAGAGUAAAAUAUUUGAAAUAGGGUUGAAUUAGUUGACUAUUUGUUUAGUUUAAAAUGGAGAAUAAGUCGGAUCUCUCACACAGACCUGGCAACUCUACUCUUAUUUUAUCGGAAACGAAAGUCAAACUAAUCUGUAUCUGUUCAGUCCGAGGGCGGAUCUGUUUCAUAUCGUUUCCCCUUUUCUUCAGACACACCUUUUCUUUACACGGCUUUUACAGACUGAACCAGGAAGUGUGAGCUGCUGUAAGUGACUGUGUGAGUUUAUUUCUCAGUAAAAUGGCAGAAGCAAAUAUUUUAGGACUUCAGGAUCAGUUCAGCUGUCCAAUCUGUCUGGAUCUACUCAAGGAUCCAGUGGGUCUUCUCUGUGGACACACUUUCUGUAUGGUGUGUAUUAAUGGCUGCUGGGAUCAGGAGGAUCAGAAGGGAGUCUAUAGCUGUCCUCAGUGUAAAGAAACCUUCACUCCAAGACCUGUUGUGGGUAAAAACACUGUUCUGGCUGAAGUAGUGGAGACAUUGAAGAAGACGGGACUCCAAGUUACACGUCCUGCUCACUGUUCAGCUGGACCUGAAGAUGUGGAAUGUGAUUCCUGCACUGGGAGAAAAUCCAAAGCCAUCAAGUCCUGUCUGGUGUGUCUGGCCUCUUUCUGUGAAACUCACCUCCAGCCUCACUAUGAAUCUCCUGCCUUUAAGAAGCACAAGCUGGUGGAAGCCUCCAGACGACUCCAGGAGCAGAUCUGCUCUCAGCAUGACAAACUGCUGGAGGUUUACUGUCGCACUGAUCAGCAGUGUAUCUGCAUGUUGUGUACCAUGGAUGAACAUAAAGGACAUGAUACAGUAUCAGCUGCAGCAGGACGACCUGAGAAACAGAAGCAGUUGUUGGAGAUGCAGGGAAACUCCAAGCAGAGAAUCCAGGAGAGAGAGAAGCAGCUUCAGGAACUAAUAAAGGCUAUGGAGACUCACAAGCUCUCUGCACAAACAGCAGUGCAGGAGACCGAGAGGAUCUUUACGGAGCUGAUCAAAUCUAUUGAGAGAAGAUGCUCUGAACUGACAGCGCUGAUCAGAGCUCAGGAGGAAGCUGCAGUGGGUCGAGCUGAAGAAGUCAUGAAGCAACUGGAGCAGGAGAUCGCAGAGCUGAAGAGGAGAGAUGCUGAAAUGGAGGAGCUUUCACACACAGAGGAUCCUGUCCAGUUCCUCCAGAGUUUUCAGUCUGUCGCAACCUCAACUGGAUCUUCAAACUUGCCCACCAUCACGUUCAGCUCUACUCUAACUUUUGAGGAUGUAAUAACAUCUGUGUCUCAGCUGAGAGAGAACGUUGAAAAGUGCUAUAAUGCUGAGUUUGUGAAGAUAUCAAGUGGAGUGAGGGAUGUCCAGAUUUUAUCACCUCCUCGUAUCACUAUUAAGAUGCCAAUAUUUAAGCUCCCUCCCCAUGAACCUCCUACUCCUGAAGCCCAAAAGAGAUUGUCACGUAUCGUGACGUAAUGGAGAUAAGGUAGGAUGCAAUCACAGGUUAAACAAUUUUAUUUUAGAGACACAGGCAGGCAAACCCAAAACGUGAUCCAAAAUGUGAUGCAUCCAUCCAUCCAUCCAUCUUCUACCGCUUACUCCGUUUUCAGGGUCGCGGGGGAACCUGGAGCCUAUCCCAGGGAGCAUCGGGCACAAGGCAGGGUACACCCUGGACAGGGUGCCAGUCCAUCGCAGGGCACAAUCACACACACACUCACACACUCAUUCAUACACUACGGACACUUUAGACACGCCAAUCAGCCUACCAUGCAUGUCUUUGGACUGGCGGAGGAAACCGGAGUACCCGGAGGAAACCCCCGCAGCACGGGGAGAACAUGCCCAAAACGUGAUCCAAAAAAUGUAAUCUAUAAACAUGUAAGAGGUCAGGCAAUCAGCAAACAGGCUUACACAGAGCUAGGCAGGAAUCAAGGUCGUGGUCACGGAAAACAGGGUCGAGACACAAAACAUGAAACAUGAACAAUGGCGAGAUACUGGGAGCGGAGAAACCAGCGUGAACUAAACAAACGAAUCUAAACAUGAACCAUGACAUGAACUAUGACUAUGGUUAUCUAUGGAAUCUAAACUAAUC